UGUAAGGGUGUGCCAGGAAGAGGAACCGCCUCACCUAAAUGUCAAAGCUGACGAGAAUCAAGUCUUAUUGCGCUCUUAACGUAAACAACGUCGGAACAGGGUGUUGGCCACUUCAUCAUGGCUGAUGCCGCUGCAGCUUUUCAUGCGGAAACGGCAGCCACUGCGGAGUCUCUCUUCCAGAGCGUCCUAAGCGAGGCCUCUGCUACUGUCCCUGGCGCAGGCGCAGGCAAAAAUACUGAAACUACGCCAGGAGAUGAGGGAACCGCGAAUGGUGCGCAAAGAGAUGGGCAGCCGGGUUCGAGGUUCAGCGCUCGCUUGCGCGGUCGGCGCUUGCAAUUAUCCAAUCCUGAUCGACCGAUGCCACGCCCAGCACAAGGGAGCACACAGGCGAAAUCACAGGCGAAGAGGAAACAGCGCAUGACGAAAAGAUGGCGGCGAGCUUUGCGAGCAGAGGCAAGGCGGGACAGAUCAUAUCAGCCUACUGAAUUCGAUCUGAAUCCACCGCUCAGUCGUAGGCCAAAGGCCGGAAGACUCUCUUUGGAAGACUGCAAAGCCGCAACUAGCGUUGAGUUGCUCGAGGUCACUCACAGGAUGUGGGUGUCGUACGUGCAAGAUAUCUUGGGCUUGCGCAAGGCAACUUCCCUCGCCUCUUUGCAAGAGCAAGCUGAACGCCAUGAUCAAACUGUCGGGGAGCAGGCUCAAGCGAUUACUGGCUCGCUCAGCGUCAGCGCACCUACCACGCUUAGCAAGGCGGACUUGACAGGUGCGACAUUGAAAGUGUCCCAUUCUUCAAACGCCUCUUGCAUCGGGAUAUCGGGCAUUGUCAUCCAAGAAACAGAACAGACCCUGAUGCUUGGCACACCUCUGUGGCUCGACUCUGAGGGCAAGGGCAAAAAGAAGAGGAAUAAUAACUUGCACCGUUCUCCAGCAGAUGCAAAUAAUGGAAGGGCAAGGCGGCUCGACAAUUAUCCCUUAGUCAGACAAAUCUCAAAGCACAACAGCAAUUUCCUGGUCAUGAUUCCCGUCCCGCCAGCUACCACGUUCCAGGAGGCCACAGCUCUCAUUGAGCUAGAGCUCUACGGCAAUCAGAUGAAAUACGUCUUACCCAGUCGAGCCACUCGCAAGGCGAAACAGCGCAAGACGAUCGAGAUAUAGUAGACCGGAGGGCCGGUACGCCGCCAGGAAUGCGGCGCGCUCACUAACCACAUGUUCUCUUGUAUAUGUAUCCAUAGUACAUUUGUAUAUUAGCCGGCUGUAACAAACCCUUGCCGAU